UAUCUUUUCAAUGUUCAUAUGUGUGAAUUUGGUUUCUUGAGUAUCGCCUUAGCUUUUCCUUUCAGGUGGGUGCUGUCUAAUUUGGACCCGAUGUAUUCUUAUAGAAACGAGUGAAGCUUUUUCCGAACAGCCUAUAGAUAGAGUGAUGGCAGACAUUGUUGUCUCUCUUUGCCACUAUAAAUAAGCCUUGUCUACCCGUACAUCCUGCUUUCUUUCUGAUGGACAGCUCCUUUGCAACGCGCCAUUUACAGAAAAUGUUCCCCCCUGAUGUUAUACUAAAUUCAUGCAAACGAGCCUGAAUCUGUUUUGUCAUGAUGAUUUCCACUGUUUCUGACUUUUAAAGAAAAACGUAAUGCAGCACCAGCAGCCGCUCGUAUAAACAGCUCUUCUUCUGUUUGAAUAGUUUCUUCUACAUUAUACACAACAAGGCUUAACGUGAAUAUACUAUGCCACCAAGGAUUCCGGAUAUCAAAUUAGUUCGUAAAUUGGUUCCUCCUUUAUCCAAGAAUUUGCACAAGGGACAAGCAGGUCGAGUCGGUGUUGUUGGCGGUUCUGAAGACUAUACCGGUGCACCAUUUUUUAGUGGAAUGGCUAGUAUGAAGUUGGGUGCUGAUCUUUGUCAUAUUUUCUGUGAACCGGGAGCAGGCACAGUAAUCAAGAGUUAUUCGCCUGAUCUUAUUGUGCACCCUUAUAUGCGUACAAGCGAUAAACUACAAAAGGAACAUCAUGAUACCAAAGAUAUCUUGGAAAGAAUCACAGGAGUAUUUUCUAGACUCCACGUUCUUGUGGUUGGUCCUGGUUUAUCUCGAGAUGAUGCCAUGCAAAAAACGGCAAAGGACAUCAUCUUGAAAGCACGUGAAAAAGAUAUGGCUAUCGUCAUUGAUGCCGAUGGGCUUUAUCUAGUACAAAACCAUCCUGAAACUGUGAAAGGGUAUAAAAAAGCCGUGCUGACGCCUAAUGUAGUUGAAUUCAAGAGACUCUGUGAAGCUAUGAACGUGGAUGAAAAUGACGCAAAACCGGAAGAAGUAGCCAUGGAAUUAAGUAAAGCUUUCGAAGGUGUCACAAUUGUUCAAAAAGGCGGCGUAGAUAUCAUCACGAAUGGAGACGAAGUUUUCCAAUGUGAUGUUGAAGGCGGCGCAAAACGAAUGGGAGGCCAAGGCGAUAUUCUAUCCGGAACCAUUGCCACAUUCUUAGCAUGGGGCAAAGCUUACGAGGAUGGUGUUUGGGAACAUCCUCCGAACGAAAUUGAAUCCAAGGAUAUUGCUUUAUACGCCACUUGGGCCGCGUGUUUCAUCACAAAGUCAAGCUCCAAACUAUCCUAUGAGAAGUUUGGUAGAGCUGUACUGACUUCACACAUGUUGGAAGAGAUUGGUGCAAGUUAUGACAAAUUCAUGAAACAGUGAAAAAGAAAGAAAAGAAGAAUAAAUAUAUUAUGUACCUGAAACAAAUUCAGAAAACGAACUGAAAAAGUAAACUCUAAUAAAACAAACAUAAAAGAAAGUUUAUCGUUCUAUUCUGUAAAAUAUAAAAGGUACCACGUUAGUUUUCA